AUGGCUCUCUUGAAGAGCUUGGAGCUGUCGCAAGUGACCGGGCGCUUGGUAUAUCUGCUGUUUACUGCAGCACUUGGUCCGUUUCUGUUCGGCUACCACCUCGCUGAACUCAAUGCUCCCCAAGAUGUCAUCACAUGCAAGCGAGAACGCAUAAAGGGCGAUGCGACGUCUUCGACGCUGCCGCAGUGCAUUCCAAUGAGUCCGCUUGAGAUCGGCCUCGUUUCAUCCAUAUACACCCUCGGCGGCCUGCUUGGCGCGCUUUCGUCAGGCACGUUUUCGGCGCGCUACGGUCGAUUGCUGUCAAUGCGGAUCGCGUCUGUUGUCGCACUUGUAGGCGGCUUGCUCACCGCCGUCGCACCAAGCAUUGCCGUCAUGUCUGUCGGACGCUUCGUUUCAGGCCUGGCGGCCGGCUCGGCGACUGUCGUUGUGCCGCUCUUCAUCUCUGAAGUCGCUCCUCCUGGGAAGAAAGGUAUGUUCGGGGCGCUCACACAAAUCUCGACUUGCUCCGGCAUUGUCGUCACGCAGCUCCUCGGCUACUUUCUGAGCCAUGGACAGAUGUGGCGUAUCAUUCUGGCCGCCGCGGGUGGUGUUGGCGGCGUGCAAUUCAUCGGACUGCUCUUUGCAGGGGAGAGCCCUACUUGGUUGGCAGAGCACGGUCAGGCACGGCAGGCGCGAGUUAGCCUUCAGCGUAUCCGUGGCGAAGGCGUAGAUAUCUCCGAGGAAACCUCAUCGUGGGAUGCUGAAGAUGGAUACGCUGCACCUGAAGAACAGGGUCUCCUGUCUCCGGCUUCCGGACCGGCCCACGGCAAGAGCGAACACCGCAACAUGGGCAUCUUCGAGGUGUUCAGCAACCGCAAAACACUCCCUGCCGUCUUUGCUGUCAUCAUGGUGAUGACGGCCCAGCAGCUGUGCGGCAUCAACUCGAUCGUCAUGUACGGCGUCUCGCUGCUCGCGACACUCCUCACCUCAUCGAGCGCGCUUCUGAACAUCCUGGUCUCGGUCCUGAACCUCUUUGUCACCGUCUCCUGCUCGCCGCUCCCAGACAAGUUCGGCCGCAAGGCCUGCAUCCUCGGCUCCGUCGCCGGCAUGGGUACGUCGUCGAUCCUGCUCGGAAUCGGCAUCCGCGCCUCAAUCCCGGUCCUCUCCGCCGUCGCCACCCUUUGCUUUGUCGCAUCCUUCUCCACAGGUCUCGGCCCCGUGCCUUUCAUCCUCGCGAGCGAGCUGGUGGGCCCUGAAGCGGUUAGCCCAGUGCAGUCCUGGGCGCUGGCGAGCAACUGGAUCGCGACGUUUGUGGUGGCGCAGUUCUUCCCCGUGGUCAAUGAGAUGCUGGGCAAAGGGAUCACGUACUUUAUCUUUGCGGGCUUCGCAGCCUUCUUCUUUGUGUUCAUCUCCUGGUGGGUGCCGGAGACGAGGGGGAAGAAGAAUGCGGAUGAGGCAUGGGGGUGGGAGCCUCGGCGCGAGGAAUAG